AUGCCAAACUAUGUGAUGUUCUUGAAGGAUAUUUUGAUAAAGAAGAGGAGGCUUGGUGAAUUUGAAACGGUAGCUUUGACUGAAGGUUAUAGUGCUAUUUUGAAGAAUAAAAUACCACCAAAGUUGAAGGAUCUGGUCAGUUUUACAAUUCCUUGUUCUAUUGGUGGUAAAGAUGUUGGUAGAGCACUUUGUGAUUUGAGGGCUAGUAUUAACUUGAUGCCCAUGUCAAUUUUCAAGAAGUUGGGAAUUGGUGAAGCAAGGCCAACCACUGUCACUUUGCAAUUAGCGGAUCGCUCUAUGGCACAUCCAGAAGGAAAGAUUGAAGAUGUUCUUGUGCAAGAUGAUAAGUUUAUUUUUCCAACGGAUUUCAUUAUUCUUGAUUAUAAAAUGGAUAGAGAUGUUCCAAUAAUUUUGGGGAGACCAUUUCUGGCUACCAGAAGGACUUUAAUUGAUGUUAAAAAAGGAUAG